UAGUAGUUCACGGGCGCCAUUUGGAAAUGCGCUUUGACUUCGCACGCAUCGCAGGCCGCAGCUGAGCGAGUAGCCCAUAAAAGCCCAUCGCUGCCUGCCCUGCCGCCACCCAACUGCCUCCCCCACUUAAACGCAACCGCCCACCCACGGAAAAGCGACGACGACGACGAGCGCAACCGCCGCCCCGCCUCGCGUGCGCGGAGAUCGAAGUGCCCGGCCAUCAGACCAGCCUCGAUGGCGCACGCGGCAGGGAGGCGAGGGCUCUCCCCGCGCGGGGCCGCCGCGCUCGUGGCGCUCCUCGCCGCAGCCACCGCGGCCAACGCCGGGGCGUCCGGCGCCGACGACUUCUUCUCCCCUCUCGCGCCGAUCCUCGCGCCCGUCAUCAACUCGAUCUGCAGCACGGUGGCCUGCGGGAAGGGGAACUGCACGGUGGCGCCGGGCACGCUGGGCUACCGCUGCGAGUGCGACCCGGGCUGGACGCAGCUCCACGUCGGCGACAACCUCAGGUUCCUGCCAUGCGUCAUCCCCAACUGUUCCAUUGACAGCUCGUGUUCCAAUGGUUCGUCAGCACCAGCACCAACGCCUUUGCCAGCACCUAAAAACUUCUCGCUCGACGCAUGUGAAUUAGCAUACUGUGGCACCGGAGGAACAUGCAGGAAUGGCUCUGGUUUCAGCUACCACUGUGAGUGCAAGAAGGGUUACAGCAACCUUCUCAACAUGACCACGAUGCCUUGCUUUCAGAAGUGCUCCAUCGGUGCAGAUUGCUCAAGAAUUGGGAUCUCCUUCUCAAACUCUUCCAGCAACUCCCCUGCACCGCCUGGCUCGGAAAGCAUUUCUAACAACGGCAAUGUAGCAGCUCCUGGAUCCAUUUCGCAGAGAAUUCUACUGCCACUACUGUUGGUGGUCUCACUGGCCGUCGUCAGGAAAUAAAUAUUUGACCGUCGGUGGUCUCACUGUUUUUAUCCACGGGAUAGGAUAGAGUUGAUAGCAUGUUAGGGAUACGCUUUUGGGAUCAACUAUACUGCUGCAUGGUUACAUUUGAUAGCUUCCAUUGUAGGGAAUGUUAGAGGCUUCAUCAGUUUCUGUCGAUAUGGAAUAAAUGUUUCUGUGAAUAAUGGAGAAAAUUGCCUGUUUA